AUGCCAAGCUAAUAACAAGCAGGAAGAAGCACAGCAGUCGAGCUUUAAGAGUGGGGGAGAGAGAGAGACGUCAAAGAGGGCUUCAUUGAUUGCAGGGGACAGGACGAGACUAGACGCUAUUCCAUGACGGUCGAGAUCGAGAGCCAGCACCAUCACCACCACCACCACCACCAUCAACAGCAUCUCCCUCCGCCGCUGCAACCCCAGCGCCGUCCCCCUUCGUCCACCUGCGAUCUCCACCCGGGCGAAACCGUCACCGGCUUCUGUGCAUCCUGCCUCCGCGAGCGCCUCGCUGGCCUCGAGACCCCCGCCGCCACCUCCGGCCGUAAGUCCACCUCCGCCCUCCGAUCCGUCUUCCACAAGGUCUCCUCCAGCACUGCCCCCGCUGCCGGGCCCUCCUUCCUCCGCCGCUCCAAGUCCUUCUCCUUCAGCCGUGGCGGAAGCGGCGGCGACGGCUUAUCCGCUCAGCGGCCCCCCGCCUCCGCCUUGGAACCCCAGCGGAAGUCCUGCGACGUCCGCGGCCGCAGCACUCUGUGGUCCCUCUUCCACCAGGACGACCGCCAUAGGGUUUCUCAGAACCCCUUCGUUCCACCCUCCGCCUCAGCCUCCACUACGGAGGCGGCGGCUGCAGCGUCGACGGGUGGGGCAAUCGACUUGGAGUGCGGGAACCUAGGGCAUCCGGGUCUCUCCGUCGUCCUUCCUGUCCCGGAAACCCGUAAAGAGGAGGGAGACAGCGGCGACGAGAUUAGGCCUGUCGACCCUGUCGUCGUGGUGGUCGGAACCUCGGGAGAGGUAAAUGAGGAGACACAGGAGGAGGAGGCAAACGAGGACGAAGCGGAACUGAAGACAAUGAAGGACCACAUAGAUCUCGACUCCCUGCAGCAGGCGAAGAAGCCUCCGUCCAAGGACCUCAAGGAGAUCGCCAGCAACUUCUGGCUCGCGGCCUCCGUGUUCAGCAAAAAGCUCCAGAAGUGGCGGAGAAGGCAGAAGCUGAAGAAGCAGGGCGGCGAAACCGCAAUGCCGGCGGAUAAGCCACCUAAGACGUCCCGGCGGUUCCGCGACACACAGUCGGAGGUGGCCGUGGAUGCCUCCGGCCGGAGAUCCUGCGACACCGACCCGCGCUUCUCUUUGGACGCCGGUCGGAUGUCCUUCGACGACCCGAGGUUUUCGUGGGACGAGCCGAGGGCGUCUUGGGACGGCUACCUUACCGGAGGCCGAUCGGUGUUCCCCCGGCUCCCUCCCAUCCUCUCUGUCGUCGAGGAUGCCCCUGCUCCUGCCGUCCCGCGAUCGGACUACCUGAUCCCCGUCGAGGAGGACAUCGCCAUCCCGGGGGGGUCAGUGCAGACCCGGGACUACUACUUGGACUCGUCCAGCCGGCGGAGGCGAAGCCUUGACCGAUCGAGCUCCAUGCGCGAGCAGGCUGUAGAGGUCAAUGAGCUCAAGCCGGUCCCUAACGGGAAAGUAUCCCCAGCAAAUGGUAUGGACUUCUUGCACUUCCACAAUGGGACGUUGCUUGACCGGGAUAUAAAGGACUGGAGCUCCAACUCUCUGAGAGACGAUUACUCGGGAAGCUUCGAGUCGGCUUUCAGGGACCCUCACAGAGGGGCUGCUGCUAAGAAGACCAGGAGAUGGAGCAAGGCAUGGAGUAUAUGGGGGUUUAUUCAGCGAAGAAACGGUGGCAGAGGAGAAGACAAUGUAGUCGAGAACUCUCUGUCGGAGUCUUGGCCAGAGCUACAGUCGAGGGGCUUCGAUAGCAGGAUGCUUCGGAGUAAUAGCUCUAGGAGUUCUUUCAGUGGCAAUGCAGGGUAUUGGGGCAUGAGGAAGAACAGUAUCAAGUCCAAUGGUAACCAUCCGAAGAGGGGAGACGAUUUUGUUUUGGAGAGGAACAGAAGUGCUAGGUAUUCUCCAAGCCAUGUAGAUAGUGGUAUGCUGCGGUUUUACUUGACACCGAUGAGAAAUAGCCGGAGGAAUGGAGUCUCAGCGAGCAGCGGAAGACAGAUACCUUCCCGCCACUUCACAAGGAGCAUGCUCGGACUGCAUUGAGUUGAUUCCUGCCGUCGAUCAGGUGAUCCCGUCCAGAGAUCAUGCGGUCAUCAAUCGCUGCAGUAGUAUGAUGACAUUUUUGUUGGAUAAAUUACAAGGCAGCGUGAUGCCGAAGGCCUUGUGGCAUAUGCAUGUGUGGGGGGGACUGGGAGU